GCACACACCAGAGCACACAUUCUGACGUCGCUUCAUCACACACGCUCAUGUGCUGCUGCUGCUGCUUCAACUCGUGUGGUGGUGGUGCGUCUUUAGCCCCGUUUUGCACGCUGUUUUCGUUGCGUUUUUCUUCACCAAAAAAGUGUCGCUGUGGAUAUUCCGUUCCAAAAGAGUCAAUACUCCACAUGCUCUAAGCGCAUCUAGCGUACGCGGACACUGUGUGCGGGACACAUGGUGUGCAUAUUGUUCUUCUCCCCCGCGCUCUCCCCGCCGGUGCUCGCUUCCCAUCGCAUUCGUCUAUGUUGCCGUGCCACAGGCAAGAACAACGUCGCGAUAAAAGCGAAGCUGGACGCAACAGCAGUGUGCGUUUGCAGUGUGCGGCCCUAGCAGCUAAAAGGGAGCAAAACCAUCAGCCCUCAGCACAAGCAGUGUGGUGUUGUUAUAUCCUUUCCGGAUUAGGUGCGAAUGCGUGUGUGUGUGUGUGUGCGUUGUGCAAGAUUUGUGAUGCAUCACGGGGCAGCGAAGAGAUCUAGUUGGCUGUGUGCUUGUGUGGUGCCGUAAACUCCCGUACGCCGCCCGGGGGUGACAUCCGGAAAGAAAGUGCUGCUUUUAGUUACUGUUUGAUCUAUAUUAGAACGCAAACGCUGAAGCUCUUACGGCGAAAAAGUGUCGUACAAACGGGUGUGAGUGAGUGUGUGUGUGUGUGUGUUGGAUGAAAAUUUGCUGGUCAAAUGUUCCCGUAACCUUGGGCGAGUGCAGUGGUGGAAGGAAAGAAAGGCAAUUGCAUUUCCAACAAGGACGUCACGUUUGCAAGCCAGUGUCAUCACGGUCCGAAGAACGUAAUCAUCGUCCAUGUGGGAAAGAAAGUGUUUCAACUAUCAGCGGAUAUAGCGAGCUCCAGAGCAAACAAAGGGACUGCGGCUGGACCCUUUUGCUGCUUGUGUUUGACAGGGUCACCAACAGCAGCAGCAGCAGUAUUUUUCAGAUAAGACAUACAUCCCUCCCCUUCACAACCACACAUACACAGCUUGUUGUUUGUUUAUACAGAAGAUUCCAAUUUUGAAGACCCAUCCGCAUCGGGAAACAGACCGUUGUGUUUGUGUUUUCGUUCCGAACACCUUCUCCUCAACCGUGUGUUUCGUUUGUUUGGCUGUGUUAAGAAAAGCAAAAAACCGUCCGUUCUCAUCUGUUGAGAACGUCUAUGUCCGCAGGAAGAUAGAACCAAACACAGGAUAAUAGUACUGGAAAUUCCUCAUCAUCACAGCUGGAUCUUUCAUCACUCUUGUCUGUCGGUCUGUCUGUGUCUCUGUGUGUUGUGUACGUCUGUGUUUUCAUGCUUAUCAUGUACGGAUGGAGCAAGUUUUCUCAUGAGAGGACGCUCCCAGCACAGGAAAGCACUUAAGCUGCAACGCGGUGCGAGAAGCGCAUCUCAACUCAAUGUACCUAACGCAAUCUUUACGACAAUCAUCAUCUACUACAUCGCAACAGUGAUAAAAGCAACUGCUUGUCCACCGUUUCCCCAUCACCGUCUUUCGUAUGGAUGGGGACAAGAGCUACGAUCACGUGAAGGCUUUGGUGAGCAGCAUUCACGGAUCCUUUACCGAUGCAUCCCUGCUGGAUCGCACGAACAACAACAGCCCGGCCGGGUUACUUACCGCAGCGACUACACCGUCCAGAACACCGUCACCUUCACCGUCACCGUCGCCGGAUGUCAUCCGGACGACCACGGAGGAUGAGUCGCAGGCUCAAACGGUCAGCACCAUGCCGGCCGACGGACAGGAACGGGCGGCGGCUGACGGUGCCGCCGCACCACCCUCCAGACCAGCGGAGAGCGCGACCUCGGCGCCUGGCAACAGCAUCAUCGGCAGCACACCGACCCGGCUGCUGCAGCAUCGGUUGCGCAUACCUUCGCUGGUCGUAACAAGCUCGCUUUCGCCUUACCACCCGGGCAAUCUACUUGCCGCCACCGCCGACCCAGACCAUACGACGCCCCGGCGGUUCAGUUUUGCGAUCAUGAGACGCCAUUCCAAUACGGCACUGAAUCGGUGCGAUUCGAUGGGAUCGUUGGGCCACCGUUCGCUCCUACAGUACCUGGAAACGGAUGAUCUAGCUGGACUAAAAUCAUUCCUCGGCACCCGCCACCUGCAGGUCGACGAUCGAGAUGAGAACAACACCACAGUGCUGAUGGUCGCAAGCGGCCGCGGUGCGACCCAUUUCGUGAAGGAACUACUGGCCCGGGGUGCCGAUGUACAGGCGCAGGAUUUGGACAGCUGGACGGCGCUGCACUUCGCCGCCAAGGCCGGUCAUGUCGGGAUCGUGGAGCUCCUGCUGGACAACGGGGCGGAGCUGGAGCACCGCGACAUGGGCGGUUGGACGGCGCUCAUGUGGGGCUCGUACAAGGGGCACACCAGCGUGGUGGCGCUGCUGCUGCAGCGCGGUGCCGACGUGCAGGCACACGGCAACUACCACCUCAACCCGCUGCUCUGGGCGUCCGGUCGUGGCCACACGGAGAUCGUGCGCCUGCUAGUCAACACGGGCGGUGCGAAGGUGAACGUUGGCGAUAAGUACGGAACGACCCCGCUGGUGUGGGCCUGCCGGAAGGGAAGCGCGGAGAUAGUGGACGUUCUACUGAAAGCCGGCGCGAACGUGGAUACCGCCGGCAUGUACUCGUGGACACCGCUGCUCGUAGCGGUCAGUGGCGGCUUUCAGGAAUGUGUCUCCCUGCUGCUCGAGCGCAAGCCAAACGUGAACGCCCUGGACAAGGACGGCAUGACGGCGCUCUCGAUCGCGUGCCGUGAAGGGCUCACCGAGAUCGCGUCGGCGCUGAUCGCGGCCGGUGCCUACCUGAACGUGCAGGAUCGGGCCGGCGACACGCCGCUGAUUAACGCCGUCAAGGGCGGACACCGGAGCGUGGUCGAGAUCCUGAUGAAGCGCCACGUGGACGUGGACAUCCAGGGGAAGGACAAGAAGACGGCCCUGUACACGGCGGUCGAGAAGGGCCACACCGCGAUCGUGAAGCUGAUCUUGCAGUCCAACCCGGACCUGGAGCUAUCAACCAAAGACGGCGACACCGCGCUGCUGCGGGCGGUGCGCAACCGCAACCUCGAGAUCGUGCAGAUGCUGCUGGAGCGCAAGGCGAAGGUGGGCGCGACGGACAAGCGGGGCGACACCUGUCUGCACGUGGCGAUGCGGGCCCGCUCGAAGGCGAUCGUGGAGGCGCUGCUGAGCAACCCGAAGUACGGCCAGCUGCUGUACCGAUCGAACAAGGAGGGCGAAACGCCGUACGCGAUCGAUGCGACGCACCAGAAGACGAUCCUCGGGCAGGUGUUCGGCAAUCGGCGGCUGAACGCGAACGAAGACUCGGAGGGUAUGCUCGGGUAUGGGCUGUACUCGUCGGCGCUCGCUGACGUGCUGAGCGAACCGACGCUUACCACCCCGAUCACGGUGGGACUGUACGCGAAGUGGGGCAGCGGGAAGAGCUUCCUGCUGACGGAGCUGCGGGACGAGAUGAAGAACUUUGCCCACUCGUGGUCGGAGCCGCCGAUCGACGCGUCCUGGCUGUUCUUUCUGAUCAGCCUGCAUCUGGUGCUGGUGAUCGGGACGGUGGUCGGGCUGGCCACCUGGAGCUACGUGUGGGGCAUAGUGACGGGGGCCACCCUGCUGGUGCUGAUUUACUUUACCGACAUUCUGCUAAAGUUCCUCGACCGUCGGUACGAUCUCGAGUGGCUGUACUCGCUCAACUACGGGCUGUCGCGCAAGCUCGGCCGGCUGCGGCUGAUACUGCAGGUCGCGUUCUGCCAUCCGCCCGGGCCGCAGAGCGACCAGCAACCGAUGCCAGUACGGUUUCACUUUGCCGAGGCGAGCGGGGCCGCCCCGAACGGGGAUGCGGCCGUGGCGCUGAUGCUGGCCUCGCUGUUCGACGCGAUCGAGGCGCACUACGGUUCGUUGGCGACCGGGCUUUAUCGUGCCUUUCGACCGAAACCUUUAAAAGCAACCGGUGGCUGGAAAUGGCGUAAAAUGUGCUGCAUGCCGGUGGUGCUGAUGUUCGAGCUCGGCAUGCUGGGCAUCCUGGCGACGGCCUCGCUCUCGAUCGUGUACUCCGAGUACGGGCUGGAGGGCCGGGAGGAGAUAGCGGUGGCGAUCUACGUCCUGCUGGGCAUCCUGCUCGCCGGCGCCAUCGCGAACCUGCACGCCUGGUCGAAGCUUAUCGGUGCCUUGUUUAUGUCGCAGGGCAAACACCUGAAGCGUGCCUUCAACAGCAACGAGGCGGCCCCACUGACGGCGCUCGGUGCCGAGGUCAGCCUGAUGACGGAUAUGGUGCGCUGUCUGGACGCGUUCACCGGCCAGCAGAGCCGGCUGGUCGGCGUGGUCGAUGCGCUCGACUCCUGCGACACCGAGCGCACGCUCACGAUACUGAACGCGGUGCAGACGCUGCUGUCCGGGCCGCAGCGACCGUUCGUGCUGCUGCUCGCGGUCGAUCCGCAUGUGAUAGCGAAGGCGGCCGAAGCCAACAGCCGGCGGCUGUUCACGGAGGGCGGCAUCGGGGGGCACGACUUCCUGCGCAAUCUGGUGCAUCUGCCGGUGUACCUGCAGAACUCGGGCCUGCGCAAGGUGCAGCGGGCCCAGAACACCGCCAUGUCGGCGUACCGGCGUGCCAUGCCGGAUCUGAGCCGGGACGACGAUCAGCCGCACCUGGGCCAUUCGGCAUCGGCCCGGCGGCUGUCGAACGCGUCGGAGAUUAUGUCGUCGCAGGAGAAGCUGCGCGCGAUGCCGAGCUCGUCCCGCGGGGGUAGCAAAAAGCUGCGCGUAUCCGACUCGAUCGCCAGCUCGAUCGGGUCGAACCUGCACAAGCUUGGCCAAAACCCGCCGGUGGAUCUGUCGAAAAUCAUCCUCACCGAUGAUUACUUCAGCGACGUGAAUCCGAGAAGCAUGCGAAGACUGAUGAACGUCAUCUACAUCACCGUUCGGUUGCUGAAAGCUUUCCAGAUCGAUUUCAGCUGGUACCGGUUGAGCUCGUGGAUCAAUCUCACCGAACAGUGGCCGCUGCGUGCUAGCAUGAUCGUGCUGGAACACGAUCAGGGCGGCGACAGCUUCGACGAUUCGGUUUCCCUGCAAGCGGUGUAUGAUAAAGUGCGCCCGAAGCUGACGUGCCUGCGGGAAGCGGCUGCACUGCUCGAUCUCGAUCGCGACGAGCGCAAGCUGGACGCAUUUCUGCAGCUGCACAAGUCCGACCUGCUCGUGUCGGAUCUGCGCAUCUUCCUACCGUUCACCAUCAACCUCGAUCCGUACCUCCGGAAGGUGCUGAAGGAGGACCAGCAAGCGCUCGAAGACGAGGGUAUCAUCAUACCGAUGAAAACCGUACUGCCACCGAGCAAACCGAGCGGAUUCGGGCCGCACCAUCACCAUCGGGCGCCGGUUGGCGGCGUGCUGCAGCCCACCCCGCAGCAUCCCAACAAUCUGACCAACUGGCCCAACUUCUACAACCCGCAGCCGCAGGCAAUGGCGCUGAUGAGCUACUACAAUCAGAACUGGGCCAACUUCCCAGCAGGAGUUUACGGCACGAACGCGCUGCUGGGUGAACCGCUGCCCAAGCCGGGCACUGUCGGCGGCGGCCCCAUCAUUACCGAGCAUCCGCCGCACGAACAGCAUUCCACACUCGGCAGCAACAGCGGUCGCAGCAGCAAAACCACCACCGCCAGCCUGCAAAAAUCCUCCAGCAACGGUCUGGCGACGAGUCCACCGAUCGAUAUCGACCUAUCGAACGUGCAGCUGUCCAGCCUGACGGUCGAGCAGCUGAUCGAGCUGCUCGAGAAGGUGAACGAUCUGAAACCGGCCAUGGAGCGUACCGCGCCGAUUCUGCGCGAAAAUGCCAUCUCCGGCCGGGUGCUGAUGUACUGCAAUCUGGAGGAACUCAAGUCGGUGCUGCGGCUUAGCUUCGGGCACUGGGAGAUGUUCAAGCUGCUGGUGACGGCACUGCGGGAAGCGAGCGUAACACAACCGGCCAGCCGGAAGCUAUCCACCAAGACGACCUCGUUCGCCAAGGGGACGAACGAUUCGGUGGAGAUGCAGGAACCGAUCGCCCAGUCAACGCCACCGUUCGGAUCAUCGACGAGCAGCUUCCAGCCGAUCCGUCAAAAGUCCCAAAAUCUGCUGGAAAAACAGCCAGCAAAAGUGCAUGAUUACGAAUAUCUCCAGGUGACGCUCGAGGAGCAGAUGAUCUGCGGCGCACUGCAAACGCUGAACGAGGACGCGUUCGAGGAUGUGGUCAGCAGCAGCGAGCGGCCCAGCCCAACCGGUGAGAUGUUUAGCCAGUACCUGGCGCCAAUACGGGAAAGCUCGGAAAUCGGUUCACCGCCUCGCCUCACUUACAACCUUACUAACCCAAACCUGACCGAUCUGGCCGCCAGCAACGGUACGCUGAACGGUGACGACAGUGGCGUCGGUGGUGGUGGCAGCGUUGGCGUCGGCGGCGGCGGCGGCGGCAGCGGCAGCACCAGCAGCGGCAGCCAUCUCGGCCUCCGGUCCGGUUCCGGCCGGCACAGUCGUUCCCACAGCCUGCAUGACGAUGCAUCGCUGACCAGCAUCGUGGUCAUUCCCACCUUCCUAACUACGUCCCCUAACGGCGCCAGCAGCGCCAACAACAACAACAACAACACCACCAACAUCAACGACACCAAGCUCUAAUCAUUCCCGGUGAAUUAGAUUCUGAUGUAUUACACAGCCGAAGGACGAGCUACUUCCUGUUGUAGCUGACACUGUUGUUGCUGUUGUUGUUGACGUGCUGUGUUUUAUUGUUGUUGUUGUUGUUGUUGUGGUUGUGUGGCCGUGUUGCUGUGUUGAUGCCACUGACGCGUGUUUGCUGUGUUGCUGUUGUUUGAUGUGCUUUUUUCAUUCUCUAAAACAGACAAACUUACAUUCCUACAUACCCACAAACACGUCGAUGUGUGUGUGUGCAAUAUUAGACCCCAAGACUUUAGACAUUCUACUGUUUUUGUUGCCGGUUUUCCGUUAAUUUAAAUAGCAACAUCGAACAAACUUGGACUUGGACAGCAAAUAGUGUAGUGGGGAGAGCGAGUAUUCUAACACGGUACCCCCACUUUCUCAACCGGUAACUCUUCACUUUCGGUACCGCACAUCUCUCAACCACACAACCGCCACCCCACCUACCCCUGUCCCGAUUUUCGGCCACAAGUGUGCAUGAAAGCAAACACAAAGCACGAAUAACCGCCGUUCAUUUGAAUGGUGCAUUACACAAUUGGGCGGUUUAAGUUCCCGUAAGACAUCUGCAUACCCUGGGGUACUACCAAAGUGAUACUAUACUGUGUAUAUGUUUUAGUGUGAGCGCGAGGGCACACAGCAAAGUUUGUGAAACGUGUAUUUUCCGAGCAUUUAUCGUGCCCCGCCUUCCCUCUGUGUGGGUUUUUUCUUGUGUUUAGUAGCAAAAAACAAGUGGAGCGACUAGAGCGAGGAGCCAGAUUGCGAAAACAGGUUCGCAAAUUACCAUUUUCUUUCCAAAUGCGCGCUUCUGCGCUUCUGCAUGAGCUCGGUUAUUAGAACGAACCAAAUCACAGAGACAGGGAAGUACUAGUAGCAAUGAGAGAGAGAGAGAGAGAGAGAGUGUUGGAGAGAAGUAUAGGGAAAAGAGUAGAGCUAGAGCCCACAAAAAACCCCACAGGAUCGUUCUUCCCUUGAACAACCUUUAACGAGGCAGACGCGCGCCACUCAGUUCUCCGAGCACGGAGACGGGUGGGCGCGCACAAACCCCCUCCUCCUUUUGUUUUCUUUCUUCUAGCGUUAAGGAUAGAGAAAUUGCUUAACUAUAUUUAGACAAAUGUAUGUUUACCCGUUCAAGGAAAAGCAUUUAAAUAUAGCGUAACUUUAGUACCUUGUGCCAGAGG